CCUGUUCUUUACUUCCCCUCCUACAAAAUCUUGUUUUCACUUUCCUUCCAAACAGGUAAGCUUUCCCGUAGGCAAAUCCAUCAACCAUAGACCACUCUUCUAUGGUUCGAAUCCAUUCCUCCUUCUCCUCACCCCCCCAAUCGGGUUUUCUCUAUUCCCUCCUCCAUCUCCGACUAAGUAUCAACGUGGCUUCCGCGCAACCACACCUCCGUCAUCGCACCAACAACACCACUCUUUUCUCCCUCUCUCCCUCCCCUUUCUCUCACUUGCCAACAAACAAAAGUCUACUAGCUAUUCGCUCAGUUACUUACUCAUAUCUUCGGCGCAACCAAUCAGUCCAUCCCUCCCAUCACAAGAACAACUAUUCAACCGAUAAAUCAAUACCUACUACUUCUCCUCCACAAUGAUCACCGACGACGAGCUCCACCGUCUGGCCGUCUUCCUCGGCUCCUGCGCCAUGAUGAUGAUCGUUCUCUACCACUUCCUCGAAGUCAAUGCGAAGGAUGAUGACGAAGAAGUCGACGUCAAAAACAACAACAGCAAGCAAUCUACGGGCGCGUCGUCGGCUGGUUCGACUACCGCAUGAUUUGAUUAGAU